AUGAACUGUCGGAUAAGAGUGCCAGCAAAUACAGUUUCUCCUAAGAACUCUUUUCAGUAUGUAGGACAAAGUCUUGGAAGGGAAGAAAACUCUCAUGGUGACAGCCAAGAAAUGCUGUCUCGUUCUUUAGGAGGCGGUAUGGACUAUUAUAUAAGCGCAGCAGAUAACUAUGUGGUCAGCGAGAAAAUCGUCCAAACUACCAUUCAGGAGGUUAUUGGACCCAAAGCUCUUCAGGACUAUGAGCUCCUUGACCAGAUUGGAUCUGUGUUUUCAAAGGCAUGUGCGCGUGCGGGCCUUUCCAAGGUGGCAGAGGACUCUUUCUUCGAUUUGAUACGAUCUGAUGCGACUAGGCUGCUGAGGUUGAGGCAUCCAGGAGUGAUCCACGUGGUCCAGGCUUUGGAUGAAAAUAAAAACGCGAUGGCGAUGGUUACCGAGCCAUUGUUUGCGUUGGUGGCUAAUGCGCUUGGGAAUGUUGAGAAUGUGGCCCUGGUUCCUAAAGACCUUGUAGAGAUGGAAAUGAAUUUGAAGCAUGGGUUGCUUCAGAUUACAGAAUCCUUGGAUUUUCAUCAUAACAAUGCACGUCUUAUUCAUCUGACUAUGUCAUUUGAGAAUGUCCUGAUUACAUCAAGUGAAGCUGGGAAGCUUGGUGAGUUUGGUUUUGCUAUUUCGAUAGAUCAGGUCUCUAGUAAUCUGGUUAAUGUGUAG